GAUUGCUAGUUUUCAGUUAGAGCUUGAAUGUGUUAUAAGUAGCAUUUGAGUAGCUCUAUCCAUCCACGCAUCUAUCUCUUAUUCUUUUUCUUUUUUUAAUCUGGUUUCAUAUAAUUUCCUUCCUAGACACAAACACCAAAUCUCUCUGCACACAGGAGAAAUAAAAGUAAAUAUGUCUGGAGAAAAUCAUGUCAGAAGCUUGGAAGAGGGGCAAUGCAGCGACUUUGUUCCUCCAAAUAAUAGCAAAUCUGAUUUUUGUUCUUCAAAUGCAACAGUUCAACUCCUUCAGAAGUUGAUCGCUGAGACAAUAGGGACAUAUUUGGUAAUAUUUUGCGGGUGCGGAUCAGUCGCUGUGAAUAAGAUAUAUGGUUCGGUCACCUUUCCAGGAAUUUGUGUAGUUUGGGGUCUAAUUGUGAUGGUUAUGGUUUACUCUGUUGGUCAUAUCUCUGGUGCACAUUUCAAUCCUGCAGUUACCAUCACUUUCGCCAUUUUUCGACAGUUUCCUUACAAACAGGUGCCGAUAUACAUUGUUGCACAAGUUGUUGGAUCACUUCUUGCUAGUGGUACUUUAUACUAUAUAUUCAGUGUGACAGAUGAGGCAUUCUUUGGGACAGUACCAGUAGGACCUCCUAUGCGUUCUUUUGUUUUAGAAAUAAUUAUCUCCUUCCUCUUAAUGUUCGUUAUUUCUGGCGUGGCUACAGACAAUAGAGCAAUAGGAGAAUUAGCAGGAAUUGCUGUUGGAAUGACAAUUAUGUUAAAUGUCUUCAUUGCUGGGCCUGUAUCUGGGGCAUCCAUGAAUCCUGCUAGAACCUUGGGGCCUGCCAUUGUCAUGCGAACAUAUAAAGGAAUUUGGGUUUAUAUGGCUGGUCCUGUCAUUGGUGCCAUUCUCGGAGGAUUUGCUUAUAAUUUGAUUAGGUUUACAGAUAAACCUUUGCGCGAAAUUACCAAGAGCAGCUCAUUUAUGAAGAGCUUUAGGGGUUAAAAAUGGUUGUUCGUUGUACCAUCUUGUAAUAUCAUUACAAGUAUACCAAGCUUGUUAGAUUUAUACGAUUGACUGAAUUUAAAAUUCUAGCAAUUUCUCACA